UGACCACUGUCGGCCUGUCCUUAAAUACUGCAGCACCUAACGCUAAAUCUUCACAUUGAUUUUUCUUUUUCUGGAAGAAGAAGUGGAUCGCGUUAACGAAUAUGUCUGGAAGAGGCAAAACCGGAGGAAAAGCCCGCGCUAAGGCCAAGACUCGCAGCUCCCGCGCUGGUCUUCAGUUCCCCGUCGGUCGUGUGCACCGUCUCCUUCGUAAAGGAAACUACGCUGAGAGAGUCGGCGCUGGUGCUCCUGUGUAUCUGGCCGCCGUCCUCGAGUACUUGACCGCUGAGAUUCUGGAGUUGGCUGGUAACGCAGCCAGGGACAAUAAGAAGACCCGUAUCAUCCCUCGGCAUCUGCAGCUUGCUGUCCGUAACGACGAAGAGUUGAACAAACUGCUUGGCGGAGUGACUAUUGCUCAGGGCGGCGUGUUGCCCAACAUCCAGGCGGUGCUGCUGCCCAAAAAGACCGGCCAGGCCGCGCCAAGCUCCGGCAAGGCAGGAAAGAAAAGCGCUUCUCAGUCCCAAGAAUAUUAAACCAUGACUCGGACUCGUGUUAAUUAACAUCAAAAAACCCAAAGGCCCUUUUAAGGGCCGCCCAAUUUAACUCAAAAGAGCAAUUUCCAUUGUUCGUGUUGUCCCGAUGUGUCUGUGUGCUUUUAUACGAUUCUGAAUAAAUGUCUUAAACUUGA